GAAACUUGAGUUUGUAAUUAAGAACCUGGCUAGCAAACUGUAAGACAAAUAAAGUUUAGUUUAAAAGCAAAAAUAGAAAAAAAGAGUUAAUGAUACAACAAAAAUGGAAGCAAAGAAAGCUUUGUUCAACAUUUCAAAGUUGUUGCCACAGUGCCCUUUUCCAUUUACCAGCAGGGCUUGCUUAUCCACAGCUUACCAACAUCCACAAGGAAGUAAUGCAGGAGUAGAAGGCAUGUACCAAGUCAAAACCAGAGAAGGGCAGCCACAGUCGCCGCCACAGCAAGACAGCAGAACGGCGGAGGAUAGUGCCAAAGAAGGCAUAAAAAAGGGGGUGGAGAUGGCAGAAAACGUGGGGGAUAGUGCUAAGAAGACCCUGGAUGGAGCUUGGAAAUUAAAGCAGCCAAAGAUACUGCAAAAGUCGUGAAAGAAAGUUUGAGUGAAAAUAAUAAAGAUGAUGAAGCAGUUGAUGAGGUUAAGAGUAUUGAGGAAUUGAGAGUCAGAGCUAGAGGGUAUGAUAACGCACCUUGAAAAAACUAUGGUUAAAAUCAAUUAUAAUUAAAUGAUGUUGUUUCAUGUAUUAAUUUCUUUUCUGCAAUCAAAUUGGUCCCUUAUAAAGUAAA